UCCGUUUUCAAGUGCCGUGAACUCAUUUGCCCUUUUUCACCAACACAGUGCUGUUUACAGCUGACACAGUUUCCAUUUUACAUACGGACUUUUCCCCGGCGUGAUACAUUGGCUUUCUGAAUCGGUGGUGUGAGCCCUGAAUGGUCUGCUGGUGGUCUCGCUUGGAAGAGGCGUCCCGUGACCGCUGAAGGUGUGACAACCUCCAUCCAGCAAAGCGUUGGGCAUGCCUCAGCCGGGCAUGAACGGGAUGGAACCGAUAUUUGGCGAGGCAUAUGGGAACCACCGGUGCCUCCUCACGCCGUACCCCUUAGCGGGGUCUCCGCUGGGGGGCAGGACCGACUGCGACCAGAAUGUGGUCCUGAUGCUGGGGUCCCCGGCAGCACCCCGCAAACGAGCCUUCGAGCUGCUGAGCGACCUGGUGGACGACGGCUUCGGUGAAGACCUGCACCACGAACGCUGGGACAUUUCUGCGCUGGAUGAUAUCACGCGCUACACCAAAGGCAGCCUGGAGGGGGAGCUGGCAAGCUCGGAGGUGAUGCUGAUCGGCAAGUGGGGCAGUAGGGAGGAAUCCAUGGAGAAGCAGGCGGGGUCCGGGUUGGGCACUCGGGUCCGGGAUGAGCCUGAUCCAACCCCAGAGCCCAGCCUCUCCAAGUCGCCCGCAUCUGACAGGCAGGAGAGUACUUUGACACUAGAGGGUACAGCUGCAGAGGCAGUGGAGGAAGAGGAAGAAGGGGAAGAGGAAGAUGCCCAGGGCCAGGCGGUUACUGAAGCCACUCCAGUGGAAGUGUUUCAGCAGCCAGAGGCCGCGGCCUCACUGUCUCCCAGUGCCCUGGAGCUCCGCAGUGAGGAGCACAACUACUCACUGCAGGCCGAUCAGGGCUCCGGAUCCAGCCAGGGCUCUGACAGCGAGACGGCAGACACUGAGGAUGAGGAAGGGGAGGAGGAAGAGGAGGAAGAGGAACGAACAGCAGAGCCUGGCGACCAGAGCUCCUCUGGAACGGAAUGUGACGGCCACGCGGGUGAGAGGCCGGCCAAGCGCAGGUGCUUCUGGGAGUACAGCCACGGGCGCGACUUGGGGAGCAAGAGGGUCGGGGUGAGGUGGCCGCUGUCCUGGAGCUCCAGCACCCUGCCCAGCACCUUGUACCGGAGAGACGGGACGUCCGGCAACGGCAAGAAAGGGCGCCGCAAGGCCCGUAAGACGGACGCCAGCGACCUGACCCCCAACCCGCAGAAGCUGUGCAGCAUCGGCGAGCAGCUACAGAAGCUGAACGUGGCCAUAGACGGCAUGGGACCCGUCAAUGAUCUGCCCGUGGUGGCUCGAGCACGCUCCCGCAAGGAGAAGAACAAGCUAGCCUCCAGGGCUUGCCGCCUAAAGAAGAAAGCCCAGCACGAGGCCAACAAGAUCAAGCUAUGGGGACUGAACCAGGAGUACAACAACCUGUUGGGGGCGCUGUUGAGGAUCAAGGAGGUGAUACGGCAGAGGGUGGAGAGCAGCGACGAGUGCGGCGACGUGGGCAUGACGAAGAAGCUGGAGGACAUUCUGAAGGAGUCUGCUGGUCCCCUGGUGGCCGGUCGGACCAGAGAGUUUGUGGAGAGGAUUCUGGAGUGCAGCGCCGGAGGGCAGGUGGACAAGAGACCCCAGGCAGGGACUCAGUCUUGGGUCCGGUUCCGAUUCCGCUCCGAGCCCUGGCGCUUUCAUAAUGCCUUCUGCAAGUGCCUGGAGUUAAAAGCCAUGACGGGCAGGGCCAGGUAA